UCAUACUUCUUUACUAAUACCAGUUGUGCCCCUCCUCCUCCUCCUCCUCCAAUCAAAAGAUUUUUGGUUUCCCCAAUUUGAGUAAAAUCUCUCUCAAUCUUUCUUUUUAGCUUCCAUCGGUUUUUUAAAACAUCUCAGAGUUGUGUCCCAACCGCUUCGCAAUUAGGGUCUCAAGUAUCACAUAAUCAUCAUCUCCGUUUUCCUGUUUCAAUCGAUCUCUGUUUUUUCAGGAAGCUAGAUAGAGGGAGAGAGAGAGAGAGAGAGAGAGAGUUUAGUGAAAGUGAGGAUGCAGAAUCAGAAUGAUAUGGUGAAGGAUGAAGCUGAAGUAGCUGCUGCUUCGAUUAAGUGUGAAGAAUGGGGAACUUGUUCAUCACUGGAAGAUGCUUCUAUGGAUCAACCGUCUUUUCAAGAAGAUGAAUCUGCUAAAGUUCCUUAUGUUGGUGAUAAGGAACCUCUCUCUAGUUUAGCUGCAGAGUACCAAUCAGGGAGUCCCAUUUUGCUUGAGAAGAUCAAGAUACUGGACUAUCAAUAUAUCGCGAUCCGGCGAACAAGAGGCGAUGGAAAUUGCUUCUUCCGAAGUUUUAUGUUCUCUUACCUUGAGCAUAUAUUGGAAUCACAAGAUCGUGCUGAAGUCGAUCGUAUCAAGGUCAAUGUUGAGAAAUGUAGAAAGACUCUGCAAAACUUAGGUUAUACAGAUUUUACAUUUGAGGACUUCUUUGCGCUGUUCCUUGAGCAACUUGAUGACAUUCUCCAAGGAAGUGAGGAGUCUAUAAGCUAUGAUGAGCUCGUUAAUAGAAGUAGAGAUCAGUCAGUCUCAGACUACAUUGUAAUGUUCUUCAGGUUUGUUACGGCUGGUGAUAUACGAACGCGUGCUGAUUUUUUCGAGCCCUUUAUAGCAGGCUUAUUAAACACAACAGUGGAUCAGUUUUGCAAGUCCUCGGUCGAACCAAUGGGGGAAGAGAGUGACCAUAUUCACAUAACCGCUUUGUCAGACGCGCUUGGUGUUGCAAUCAGGGUUGUGUAUCUUGACCGUAGCUCAUGUGAUAAUGGAGGCGUCACUGUGAACCAUCAUGACUUUGUUCCUGUGGGCACUAAUGAGAAAGAAGAAGCUUCAGCACCUUUUAUAACCUUGUUGUAUCGUCCAGGCCAUUACGAUAUCCUCUACCCCAAGUCAUCUUGUAAGGUAUCCGAGAAUGUGGGGAAAUGAUCAUUUGAUAUAUCAUAAAACCCAUUAGAAGAUGUUUACAAAAAACUUUGGUAGUAUGGAUUCAUGUGGAUGAAACCAUGGAACAAUCAACAAUUACAUCAUCUAUUUGCUCCUGGAUUAUGAUAAAAGAACCCUUUUUGCAACAUUGAUAUAUAAUGGACCGUCUCUUUACUUUGAUCUUGCCUAGCUUGUAUUUUCAUGAUAAAUUCCUUUGUAGUAUUAUUAUUGAUGAGCAAGUGGAACCAAAGGGUUUGCAAUUUCACUAA